AUGUCUGUAGUGUAUCGGCCUAUUGUGUUUGAUGAACUAGCCUCUCUUGUUGAAAUACCUAAUGAUCUCUCUGAUAACUCUGAAGCUCUAUCAGAGAUUAUUAUGAUUUAUAGCUUGUUUUUGACUGUAUACAAAGACACCGUUGUUUUUGUCUAUCAGUCUAUAAAGGAAUCUCUACUUAAGGAGACGCAAAAUGCGAUCUUUGCUAGAGGUUUAGAAGCUAAAUACUGUAUGAUUUUCUCUCGCUGUCUACAAGCUAUGUUUAAGAUACUUCGAUACGAAUAUUUUCAACUUGAAACCCCUAGAUUCCUGAUUGAGAAGAUUAUACUACCUAGUCUAAAUCUAUUAGGAGCUGUUAAAUAUCUGUGUAUCUAUUGGGUUGACCAUCUUUAUUAUAGCGGAUGCUAUAGGAGAAGAAACCUUGACGUUGAUGAGAGAGGGUAUAAAUACCUUUACUGGCUUGAAGCUCUGAGUAUUUUAGGAAGCCUAUUACAGGGCAUAGCAGCGAUGCUGAAGCUUGAGGGCUUACUUAAGGUAAACCACCCGCCCUUUUACAACAAGUUCAAGACGGCUUCUGAUUCAUCUGAUACUAUAGGCUAG